AUGACGAGAAAAUAUCAUCGUUUUUCAUAUCCAUCAACUGUAAAAAACACAAAAAGUUUGAUGCAAUCAAAUUUGAUAUCAAAUAUUUCAUCAGAUAAAUCUUUAUCACAAUUUAUUCAACCAUCGCAAACACAAUUAACAACUUCAGAAUCUCAUUUAACAACAACUAUACCAAUAGCAAUCAAAUAUUCUUCACAAAAAAUUAAUCAAGAAAUUUCAUCUAAAGAAAACGAUAAUUAUUAUGGCUAUGGCCAAAGCUCUUAUUUAUCACCAUUACAAUCAUCUUCUAAUCUUAUCAGUUAUAACAAUAAUAAUAGUAAUUAUCGGAGUGAAUGUGAAAAAUAUCGUAAUAUUGUGAAUGAUAUGACAACAGAUCUUUCAGAAUUAAUUAGUCAAGUUCAAAAUCAAUUUGAUGAAAAUGAUAUUGUUAUGACAGAAGAUAAUACAAUAAGAUUUGAGUCGACCUUAAAAGAACUUGAAAAUCAAAAUGAUUUAUUACAAGAUACAAUUAAAAAACUUCAAUGGAAAAAUUCACAUAGUGAGAGCAUUUACAACGAUAUUUUAAAGCACAAAGAAGAGCAAUAUAGAACAAAAAUUAAGUCUUUGGAACAGGAACUCGAUCAGAGUAAUACCAAGUAUAAUGCAUUGAAUAGAAAACAUCAGGCCCUACUAUAUGAUGUAAAACAGUACAAAGAGAAAUGUAAAUGUGGUGCAGUAAAAGCAGUUGAAUUUGAUGAUAAAGAUGCUGUACUAUCAACAAUGGGCCGAAAAUCAGGCCAAGAUCUUACUCAUAUAUUUGAAAUGAUGGAAAGAAAAGACGAUGAACUAAAAGUACUAAAAGAAUUUUCAUCUAAUGAAAAAACUCGUUUAAAUAAACGUAUUACAGAUGCCGAAGAACAGAUAAAAGAAUAUGAAGUACAAAUAGCUAUAUUAAAAACAAAUUUCGAGAAAAAAGAAACCGAAUUAAAAGAUCUUAGAAGAGAAUUUGCUGAAAGAACUGAUGACACACAAUUCAGAGACAUGAUCGAUAAAUUAACGGGUGAAUUAUCUGAAGAACGAGCUCUUCGUAAAGAAAGUGAAACAACAUUAGAAGCAAAAGUAAAAGGUCUUGAAAGAGCAUUAGAUGAAACACGUACAUCAUUAGUUAAAGCAAAUGAUUCUUUAGCAACAUUAAAAGCUUCAGCUGCCGCAUAUCAAAAACAAAGUGAAGCUGCCAUCAAGGAGAACGAUAUUCUUCGCCAAGAAUUAUUUGCAAUGAAAGGGAAUGUCGCAACACUGGAAGGCACUGAACGUAGUCUUAAAAGUCAAUUGAGUAAAACACAAGAUGAAGUUCAAAAUUUACGUACUGCUAAUGUUAAAAUUAAGACUCUAACAGAGGAUGUGGAUAAUUUCAAACAAAAUUGUGUUAGAUUAAAAAAUGCAAAUUUUGAAUUAAUAGCAAAAUAUAAUAGUCUCAUAGAAGAUUACAAUACUUUGGCUGAUGAAUUUCGUAAAUUAUCUGAAUUAAAUGAUGUUAUUGAACAAGAAUUGGAAGUUCUAAGAAAAUGGCAGAGGGAUCAAGUUAAACAGGAUAAUACAAUGAAAGAACAUAUUCAACAUUUAACUGAUCACAUAGAAACAUUAUCGGAAGAUCGAGACGAUUUAAUACAAAAAAUUUAUGAUUAUCAUCAAGACUUAUUAAUUGUGUCGUCUGAAUUGGAUCACUAUAAAGAAAUUUUUGCUGAUACAAUGGGCGAAGCGCAUGAUAGAGCUAGUCUUGCAGCAGGAGAAAUGCCGGGACAAGAUAGUGCCGACGCAAUAAUAAGAAAAAUUUUAAGAACAGCUGAAAAAUUAUCACAUACAAGAAAGACGUUUCAAGAGAGCUUAGACCGUCGCAAUUCAAAAUAAUUAAAUAUUCAGUAAUAAUAAAAAAAAAAAAAUUCAAUCAAACAAUCAAUCAAUUAAUUCAUCAAUCGAUCGAUCAGUUAAUCAAUAAAUCA